ACCUAUAUAUGCAUAAUGGAACCAACCAACAAUUUUUGGGAAAUUGAGAUAUCACCGCCAUCUUGAAGAGCUUGAAAGAAUUUAUACCCUGAUUUUUUUACUUUAACUGGCUUUGAAACUACAAAUGCAAAAAAAAAUCAUGAAAAAACAUCAAAUGCUGUAUGUCGGAUUCAAUAUUAUGAAUAAGGGAACCAAGUGGCUUGGUUCUUUGUUUCAAAAUUCAGAGACUGGUUUUGUAAUAUGCAUAACAGAACCAACCAACUUGAUUCUCUUUGUUGUGUAGUCUUCAUCUUGAUCAGCUGUUUUGCAUACAGGAACCAAGUUUGAAGUUAGAUAAACCUGCUUGCAAUACAAUAAUAAUAGAGUAACAUAAAUGAUUGUUUUAUGUCUGUAUUGUGUCUAAGUGUUACAAAAUGGAUAUAAAGAGAAGAACUUUGUUAAUUAUGGAAAUGGCAAAAGUUCAAACCCCUGAUUCUUCUGAACCAGAUCAUGAGCCUACGUUAUUGGAAACUGAUCAGGAGUCGACAAAUAUACAACAAGAGCAUAGCUAUGUCUGCAAUGAUAGUCCUAUAUCACAUAAACCUACACAGAAUGAAGGAGAAAACGGUGUAGAUCUCAAUGAAAUGUUGGAAAAUAACAUGCCUGAUUUGGAUACAAGCUACCUGGAUAUUUCAAAAAUGGAAAUUGUGUACGACUUUUCCAAAUAUUUUCAUUUGAUACCAGCAAAUCACAAGAACCUAGUCUAA